GCCAUUAAGUAAGCAGCAUCAACACGUGAAAACGCUGCCCCGGCACAUCUGGGCACAUCUACCAACCUUUUUUUUGAACCAAUUUAACCGAGACCGAGCAGCUGAGCCUGGACAGCUCGGACAACAGGGACUUGGAGUGCUACAUGCUUGUAGGAUUAAAGACCAGACACCAGACGCGCGUCUUUCGACACUUGCGGCCGUUGCAUUACGAGUAUAAUAUAACUUAAACGAAAUGAGUUCAAAAAAACCGGCACUUGCAGAGGAAUUUGCUUCAUUAAUUCAACCUCAUGAUAUUGCACCUGAUCCUGAGGAUGACGCAGAGGAAGCAACUCGAGCCAAGCUGGUUGAUACUUAUGAUGAUGAGGCUCAAGAGGAGCAACAAGCAAGUGUUCUACGUCGGCAAACCGUUUCGUUUGACGACAAAAGAUACGCUGGAAGAAAAAUUUCCAGGAAGGAUUUGAAUCGGAGCGAUGAUGAAGACGAAAGUUUGGAAAGUUCUACUGAGGAAGACGAAGGAGCUUCCAGUAGUGAUGCUGAGGAAAUCGCUGAUGGAGAGAGGGAUGAAUCGGAAGAUGAUCAAGCAGAUGAGGUUGAUGAAGAAGAGGAAGAUGAAAGUAGUGUAAGUGAUGAUAGUUCCAAGGAAUAUGAUGAUGCGGAUGGUGACAUGUUCCCCCAAGCUGAGAAAGAAAAGAGCGACAAAGAGAAAGACACAAAAUUUCAGCACUUUUCCACAUCUGAUUUAAAAUCUGAAGUGAAGAAAGGAAAUGCUGUGAAAAACCAGCUCAUGCUGUGGGAAAAUCUUCUGGAAAUUAGAAUUCAGAUGCAGAAAACAUUGAAAUUUGCAAACCAAAUGCCCAUAGCUGCGAACUUCAGCAAGUUUGCUGAUAAAGGAGGAAAGGAGUUCAAGAGUGCUCAGUUAAAAUGCAUUAAUGGGACAACAAAGCUUCUCAACAAUUUAAUUGAGUUGCAAGCCACACUCUUUAAACAAAAUCCUGAAACCAAAAACUUAUCCUCAAAGGAAAGAGCCAAAGAGGACGAUGAAGAAAUUCCAAGCAGUGAAGACGAAGCUGGCGAGUUGGAGGAAACACCUGCAGAAAAGAUGCCGGCAAAGAAAAAAAUGCGGAUGGAGGAUUAUGAGAGCUCCAUCGGCGGCGUCCACAAUAAUUUCCUCAGCUACCGAAACUCAACCAUCCAGAAGUGGAGUGAAAAAACAAGAAUGUCCCAGGGAAAAUUCAACAGCAAGAAUUUUAGUGCUUUUGAGCAGUCUGCUCUAAAGCAAAUUGAACACAUUUUAGCCGACAAAAACCGUUUACUCAAGAGAACCAGAGUUCAAAGAUCGAACUAUAGAAUUCUAGGAUCGGAAAUCGGCGAUGAUGAAGAAAAGGUUGAUGACGAGAAAUCCCAACAAACGUGCAAUGAAAUAUUUGAUGAUGACGACUUUUAUCAUCAGCUUAUCCGAGAGUUGAUUGAACAAAAAUCCGAGUCAGUCACAGAUCCCGUCCAGCUUGGAAGGCAAUGGAUAGCUUUGCAAAAGCUAAGAAGCAAAAUGAAGAGAAAAAUCGACACAAGAGCAACUAAAGGAAGGAAAAUAAGAUACACUGUGAUUCCUAAGUUGGUUAACUUCAUGGCUCCAGUUGAGCAUAGUGAAUGGACAGACGAAGCCAAAAAUGAACUGUUUGCAUCUCUGUUUGCAGGCUAAGCCUGAAAUAAAUUCAUUGAAUUGAA